AGCGGGAGUCUUUUUUCGCCGCGCGGUGUGGGCGAAACCGUCUGCGAGGGAACGCCAUGGCGUGUCUCCUUGGCCAAGACGUAUCCCCAGAGGAGCUGCAGCUUGCCGACCACGUCUACAUGUGGGGCUCCCCCCUGCACACCCAGCACGGUGUCGUCGUCGAGCUCUCGGAGGCCAAGCGGCCGUGGACGGGCCUGAGCUCGGACGAUCUGCAUGACGAUAUCCACGUGCUGUGCCUGUCACGCUCGGUGGAAGCGGCCAAGGCGCGGCGGGUGACGCUGCGGGAGUUCAUCGCCGAAGGCCAGGCCAACUGGUGCGGCAGCCUGAGGCGAGCGCGGU